GCCAUCUUAAAACCUCUUUUUAAUAAUAACAACAAAUCAUUCAAAUGCUUGUCGCAGGCAUACACAAUGAGUACAAGGUCAAAAGGAAUUAAGUGAAGAACCCUCCCUGUUCUGGAGGCGGAGAUUUGUUCUACAAAGCCUCCUGUCAUGCCAGUGGCCAACUAGACAAGUUGGAGGGUUUUUUUCUCUUUUUUUCUUUUCCUUGUGACAUGUGCUUUAGUUGCAGCGGAAAGGAAAUGUGUCAUCUGUGGUUUGGUUUUAAAAGUGGAAAACUAGCUGCACAUAUCCUUUUUUACUGCAGAUUUACUUUAAGGUUCAUAUUCUCCAAGUCUGUUCUGCUUUAAAUAGGAAAAGAAGAAAAGAAGUGAGUUAUUAGAAUCACAUUAUACUCAGAUUUUGACCAAGCAUUGUGUAAGAUAACCAGUAUACUCAUGGACAUGGAACACGCAGGACAUUACCUGCAUCUUGCCUUUCUGAUGACAACAGUUUUUUCUUUGUCUCCUGGGACAAAAGCGAACUAUACCCAGCUGUGGGCUAAUAAUACUACUGCCUGGGAUUCAGUUAUUCAAAACAAGAUGGGCAGAAACCAAAAUGAAAACAUUAAUACCAACCCUGUAACUCCGGAAGUAGAUUAUAAAGGUAAUUCUAGAAACACGCCUGAAACGGCAACAUCUCACGUUGUAACUUCUAAAUCUGAACAGGAGCUUUAUAUACCUUCUGUUGUCAAAAAGAGUUCUCCAACUGUACAGAGCAUUGAAAACAUAAGCGUAAGUCAGAGUGAAAUUUUCAAAAAGGAUGUCUGUGAGGAAAACAACAGCAACAUGGCUAUGCUAAUUUGCUUAAUUAUAAUUGCAGUGCUUUUUCUUAUCUGUACCCUUCUAUUUUUAUCAACUGUGGUUCUGGCAAACAAAGUCUCAUCUCUCAGACGAAUGAAAGCAGUAGGCAAGCGUCAGCCUAGAAGCAAUGGCGAUUUUCUGGCAAGCAGUGGUCUAUGGCCUGCUGAAUCAGACACUUGGAAAAGAGCAAAACAACUCACAGGACCCAGCCUAAUGAUGCAAUCUACUGGAGUGCUCACAGCUACAAGGGAGAGAAAAGAUGAAGGAGGAACUGAAAAACUCACUAUCUAACAGAUGGCUUAGUGAAGAAAAAUGCUAAGUAGCAAUGGGAAUGGUUACAAAGUAAAAAUGAAGUCAAUUUGGUAUUUAAUGCCAAAGUGUUGGGCUGAUGAUCUAAAAUUUGUGAUGGUAGGCCUUGCAAUUUAAUUUAAAUCAGGCAGGCAAGAAAGGGAGAAGUAUGACUGCUUACUUAAGUACCUAAGCUAUAUACUUUUUUGGACACUGAAUGAUUUCAAAAGCAAAUAAUAACAUCACCAAGCAUUUGAGGAAAGUUUUAAAGAUAACUUGAGGAGAUUGACUAAUAGAGAGCAAGAGAUAAUUAAAUCAAUAUCCCCUAUUCAGCAA